UUCAAACACAGACAGUGUUGCCCCAGAGUACGCAUUAUUCACCACUGUGCUGUGCGCUCUUUCCAAGGGUGUCCUGGGCCUUAAACAGGUGCACACUGAGUGAGAAAGCUAACCAUUAUUUGGUCACUUGAAUGGUCAAAUUCCAACACUGGCUAGCAUUUUUUAAAGUAACAUUGAUGAGCUUGGAGAUUGUUGUUUAGUUACAAAUAUAUAAAUAGAAACAUCCAGCAGAAUAAAAUAAGAUGGGGUUUCACUGAUAGUAUCACAGACAGUUGGACUAGAAAGGAUUCUAAGAUCAUCUAGUUUGAAUCUUUAUUUUUCAACGAGUAAAUUGAGACAGAUUUGAGACUAAAUGUAGAAAAUAACUAAAACUCAUACCUUCUUACACUGAGUUUGGAUUUUUCCUUUAUGUAUGUUGCUUUUCGGAAUGUGGAGAUUGAAGUUCUGAUUCUGAUCACUCUCAGUGCUUAAGAAGUAUUGUAUAUAAAGCCCUCUUCCGUUGUCCUCUACCUCUCUUUACAGCCUCUAUUUUCUCCCCCAUGGCUACCCAGCUCACCUGCCAUGGAUUUGAAAAAUGCUGGCUGCUAAUGUACUAGUUGUUAAUUGCUAUGUGUCAGUUAACUUCGGUUCAAAAAUGUUUGCUGAAAAUAUAGAUCAUAUUGUAAGGGUACUCACCACAAAUACUAAUACUACCAACUCAAAGUACUGACUGUAUUUCAAUAGAGUAUAGAAGUAUGUUAGGAGUUGUGGGAUAAGCAAAGAGAAAAUGGAAGGCAUUACAGACCUUUAAAAAGAGACAAUCUAUGUCCAAAUAAUUGCUGCAGGUAAGAAUGUACUAAAAAAUUUUGUAGUUAUCUGAUACAUUUCAAAGUUCAGCCUCUUCAAAUUGAAUGAGAGAGUCAUAAAGACAGAAAAACAUUUGAGGCAGGAAGUACCAAAUUUCUAAUAGUGGAAUAUCAUAAUAUUUCGUGAGAUAUUCCUGAAGAGGGGUUAUUUUUGGUGGUAUGUAGAUCAUAUUGUAAAGGGACUCACCACAAAUAUUACCAACUCUAAGUACUGAUUCUAUGUCAGUUCAUUUGUUUACAGUUUAUCUUCGCCACUAGAGAAUGUUUCUUGAAAGCAGAAAUCCUUUCCCUCUUUGUCAUUGCUGACGUCUGUGCCAAGAACUGUCAUGUUUUAUAAAAGGAGUAUUAAAUGAAUGAAAGACUGUUGGACCUCUGACUUAUCUUCUCUAUAGAAGGUCCACUAAGAUUUAGAGGUAGAAGCUCUUAUUCAUAGGCCCAAUCCAGUCAUCUGAGAGGAAGUAGAAUUGUUAAGGGAAGACAUACUGGGAUCUUUGAAAGAGAAACUCAGUAGAUAUUUCUAAAUGUUUUUUACGAAUAAGCCACUGAACAAGAUUAAUAGUGAAGAAGAGCUCCAUGACCUAAUGGACAUAUUCACAGUGGUGUUCAUGAUUUCAUUACAGGUCUUGGUCUUCUGAGCUCUCAUCUCUGAAUUAGGUCUUAUAGAAGAGUAAAUGGGAUACAGUAACAGUGUAACAGAAUUUGUCCUCCUGGGGCUCACGCAGGAUCCUGUUGGCCAAAAAGUGUUAAUUGUUAUGUUUUUGUUCAUUUACAUUGUGACAAUGGUGGGCAACCUGCUCGUUGUCUUGACCGUUGUUGUCAGCCCCUCCCUGGGCUCCCCCAUGUACUUCUUCCUUGCCUAUCUGUCACUCAUGGAUGCUGUUUAUUCCACCGCCAUUUCGCCCAAAAUGAUUCUAGACUUACUCUGUGAUAAAAAGACUAUUUCCUUCCCAGCUUGCAUGGGCCAGCUCUUUAUAAUGCACUUAUUUGGUGGCUCUGAGAUCUUUCUUCCGGUGGCAAUGGCCUAUGAUCGCUAUGUGGCCAUCUGUAAGCCACUGCAUUACUUAAUCAUCAUGAAUCGACAGGUUUGCAUUUUGUUGCUAGUGGCGGCCUGGGUUGGAGGAUUUUUGCACUCUGUGAUCCAACUUCUCUUUGUGCACAGACUCCCCUUCUGUGGCCCCAAUGUCAUUGAUCACUUCAUGUGUGACCUGUACCCAUUAUUGGAACUUGCUUGCUCUGAAACCUAUUUUAUAGUGCUCACUGUUGUUGCCAAUGAUGGAGCCAUCUGUAUGGUAAUUUUUAUCCUUCUACUAAUCUCCUAUGGGGCCAUCCUAAAGUCCCUGAAGACUCACAGUCAGGAGGGAAGGCACAAAGCCCUGUCUACCUGCAGCUCCCACAUCACAGUGGUUGUCCUCUUCUUUGUUCCCUGUAUUUUCAUGUAUGUUAGACCUGUUUCCAACUUUCCCGUUGACAAAUCUAUGACUGUGGUUUAUACAAUUAUUACUCCCAUGUUGAAUCCUUUGAUAUACACUUUGAGAAACUCUGAGAUGAAAAAUGCUAUGGAAAAAACCUGGAGUGGAAAGUUAACCACGUGUAGAAUAAGAAUUUGUGUCCACACUGAAAAUAUCAUUGCUAAUUCUAAAACAAGAAAUAGGCAAUAAACUAUCACAAUGAACAAUUAAGUCAAUUCAAUGGAUUCUCUAGGAAUACUUCCCUUUAUUGAUGCAAAGACAUCCAAAAUGUAGAAUAAAUUAUCUUUUACAUUAGAAUGAAAGUAAUAGAGACAUUCUGGAGGUUGGAUAAAAUCCAUAAGUAUUUUUCCUGUUAUAAUUAAAAAUAAAACUAAGCUAGCAUUGUCAUUUUAUUUUUCUCAGAAUAUACUGAAACAGGGCUUAGAAAAAAAAUUAUUUCCUUUUAAAGAUAGAAAAAAACAAGUUACUUUAAAAAUUUUUCUAUCAUUCAAAUUAAUGAGAAAACGAUUUACCCAGUUCUUAGAACAAAUUUUUGAGACCAAGGGUGUGGUUUUAAGAUUUUACUGUUCAUUAUUGUAUGAGCACAACAGCUUUUUUUAGCUCCACUGUGCAUUUUGUGUUUAAGAUUACUUCUGUUCCUCUGGGGAAUGUCUACAUAUUUAUAAUUCUGCCUAUUUUAGUGGGACAUGAAAUUGUGUUUGGUUUGAGACCCCAUCAGUGAGCAAUUUUGUAGAUGGGAUGUCAUUGAUGAAGAAAACUCAAUCUAGUUCUUGAUUAGAGGACAGAUACUACUCUUUCACUUUGUAUUUGAAAAUAACAUUAAUCUAGGUUAUAAACAUUUAUGUUUUCCUCAUUAGUUAUUAUGUGCAUUUUUUGUGAUUCUUAAAAUAUUAGAUAGAGCUUCUGAUUUUAUCUCCAUGAAAUUGAAGAUAUGGAAAGAAAUGUGUUAUUUUCCAUAAGCAGCAUGUUCCCUAAAAGUUGUAUUAAACUAAAAUACAUUUUUACAUAGAGACUUAGAAAUCAUUUGUUUUGGUAAAAACAAAAUUUUGUUUUUCAAUUUUAUGUAAAAAAAAUAAAUUUUUCUCAGUCUACAGUCCAUCCAGGAACAUCCCAAAACCAGAAAGCAGAAAGAAUUUUCCCAGUGUAAUAUGGAACAUUAUCUGUGCUUAACAAGAGUUUACUUUUCUAACUAAAAGAUUUUAGAGCUUUUCUUAUUUUUAGAUUUUAGUUUGUACUUUUUCGUGUAUAUCUGGCAACAUGCAAUUAUUUAUAAAUCUCAUAGCCUCUUACCUAGAAUACUAUUGACGUCGUUGAAACUACCCGAUUGCACUCCUCUGAUGCCAUUUCUUCACCCCUCCUCAGAAGUAACCCCAAUCCUAACUUUUAAAUCAUAGUUAAAAAUAGUUUAACUAGGUAUGCGUGUAUCCUUAAAGAAUAUUGUUUAGGUUUUCUUAUUCCAGUAGUUUCCUUAAAGAAUAUUUGGUGUUGUCUGUGUGUAGGAUCAUAUCAUCUGUGAACAGGAAUCAUUUUACCAAUUCCUUUUCAAUUUGGGUGCCAUUAUUUCUUUUUCUUGCCUUAUUGCUUUAGCUAGGACUUCCAGCACAAGGUUAAAUAGGAGUGAUGAUAAGGGCCUCCAUGUCUUGUUUGUGUUCUCAGGGGGAAUGCUUUCAGCCUGUAUCCAUUGAGAAUGAUGCUGGCUUCUGGUUUGAUAUAGAUGUUCCUCAAAUUUCUCUACUAUUCCUAUUUUACUGAGGGCUUUUUUUUUUUAUCAGGAAUAAGUGUUGGGCAUUAUCAAUUGUCAAUUGGCAUUAUCAUGAGAUUUUUUUCUUUCGUUCUUUUUGUAUGAUGGAUUAUGUUGAUUGAUUUUCUAAUGUCGAACCAUCCUUGUAUACAUAGUAUGAAUCCCACUUGGUAGUGUUGUGUUACUUUUUUAAUACGAUGCUGAAUUUUAUUGGCUAGAAUUUUGCUGAGCAUUUUUGCUUUUAUGUUUUAUUUUUUAUAUUUGUGUGUUUUCCUGGCUUUGGUACCAGGGUUUUACUGGCUUUAUAGAAUGAAUUUUGGGAGAUUUCCUUCAUUUCUUUGCUCUGAAAUAGUUUGAAUAGCACUGGUGUGAGUUCUUCUCGAAUAUUUGGUAGAAUUCUUCAGUGAAGCCGUCCAGGCCAGGGCUUUUAAUUGUUGGGAGUUUUUGUUUUGUUUUGUUUUGAACCCCAUUCAAUCUCUUUUCUUGUUAUGUAUUUUUCAGAUUUUCUAUCUCAGUUUUUGUUCAUUUAGGUAGGUAGUGUGUUUCUAGAAAUUUAUCUCUUUCCUCUAGUUUCUCGAAUUCGUUGGAGUACUAUUUUUCGUAGUGUUCUGUUAUGAUCUUUAUUUUAGCAAGGUUUGUUGUAAUGCCUCUCUUCUCAUCUUGUUUGGGUUAUUUGUUUCCUCUCCUAUUUUUCUUUUGUUAGUUUGUCCAGUUGUUUACUGAAUUUUUUGAUUGUUUCAAACAACAAAGUUUUGGUCUUGUUGAUUCUUUCUGUUUUUUUUUUUUUUUUCCAGAUAUUUCAUUUAUUUCUGCUCUAAUCUUUGUUACUUCCUUUCUUCUGUUGACUGUGGCCUCUUUUUGUUAUUCUCAUAGAGCUAUCAUUUUUAUUUUGGUGUGUUCUUCUAUUUUGAUGUUUGCAUUUAUUGCUAUAAAUUGACCUCUGAACACUGCCUUUGCUGUGUCUCAAAGGCUUUGAUAUGAUAUCUUUACAUUCUCAUUUAAUGCUAGGAAUUUUUUGAUUUCCUCUUUGAUUUCUUCUAUUAGUCAGUGCUUUUCAAGCAAGAUGUUAUUCAGGUUUCAUGUAUUUAAUUUUUUCCCUUGCUCUUCUUUUUGUUGAUUUCUACUUCUAUGGUGUUGUGAUUAGACAGAAUGUUUUGUAUUAUUUUAAUAUUUUGGAUUUUAUUGAGGGCAUUUUUUGGCCUAAAAUGUGGUCUAUUCUGAAGAAUGUUUCAUGUGUGUUGUAAAAAAUAUCCACUUUGCUGCUGUUUGGUGGAGUGUUCUAUAUAUGUCUCCGAGGUCAAGUUGGGUGAUCAUGGCCUUUAGAUCUUCUGUAUUUUUGCUGUGUUUCUUUCUAGAUGUUCUGUCUUUUAUAUAGUGGUGUGUUGAAGUCUUCCACUAUUAUUGUGGAACGGAGUAUUUCUCUUCUCCAUGCUCUUUUUUUU